AUGGAUAUUCCACCCACUAGCACUAUCUAUCAAGGAUCACGGCAACUGAAGGAAGCCCUCGAGAUGGAGGAUAUGCUUGGUGGCAGUAUUUGCUCUUCUAAAUUUGGUCCUACUCCAUUUACCCAAAAGUCCAAAACAAUAUUUGAAGCCAUUCACAUUGCUUCCUCCUAUGAGUCGCCGAAGGUCUAUGACAGCUGCUCGUCAACUCACCGCCCUCACCACGUGACAUGA